GCUUUUCUCAUCUUCUACGGAAGUAGGUUUUGCGCAUGUGUGAUAAUCUUCCAGAGAUUUCGCAGUCCAAAACACAUGAGAAAGAUCCUGUCCACACCGACAGUACCUGACAACACCGGUGUUUUGUGAUUACAGAGGGUCUUCAGUUUGAGCAGCUUGUCUUAGCCACAGCCAUGGUGUGCAUUCCCUGUAUUGUGAUUCCCGUCCUGUUGUGGGUCUACAAGAGGUUCCUCGAGCCCAUCCUGUAUCCCUUCAUUUCACCAAUUAUUAAUACAUUCUGGACCAAAAAAGCGGUCCAGGAGACCGGCAGUAGUGACCAAAAAGUUAGUGAAAAGAGUAAUGGGACUUACAAGCCUGAAAGCAACGGUGAGGCCAUUGCCAAUGGAUCUUCUAUAGCAGCAGACAAGAAGACAGACUGACAGCUUUAGAUUUGUUUAUAAUGCAGCUAAUGCAAUGUAAAUAUUCCACUAAUAUAAUACAGAUAAAAUAUGAAUUAACUUAUCAGUCUUCUUUAAAUGGAGUGAGUUUUAUAGCCUUCCAAAAUUGUGUGUGAAUUUCUGAUUUUUCUUUUCUUUAAUUUUUAUUACAGUAAAUUUAAGAAAACAGUUAUUGUUAUAUUUUCCCCAAUAAUCAUGAAAUUAUAUUGAAUAUUCAGUCUCAAUGGAGUAGUUUUUCUAAGUCAAACUUGCAGUUUAAUGACAGAAUAAAACAGAUUAAAGAAUCAGUUUUGUUUGUAUUUUUAUUACAUUUGAAACAAUACAAAUGUGAUAUAAAUAUGUCUGCUGCUGGCAAGUGUAAUGUAGACAAGAUUAAAGUGAAGCUGUCAUGAAUAAAUCCAAAUUAAUACAAAACCUUUUGAAUCUGAGGCUCUUUAACCAGUAUAGCUAAAAAAGGUCAUUACAUGAAUUCCAUUUCAAUUCUGUAUAUUCUGUGGUGUAUUAUCGAAAGCAGGAAAUCGUUAGAUGACUUUCCACGAAGGAAGAAAUUGUCUUUUAGAAAAUAUUACUUAUGCUAUUCAAAGAAAAGGAUUCUGACAUCAUAUUCUUUCAUAUUCUAUUUAUGAGAUGUAUGAACUAAUUAUGCUCAAAAUCUGUUUUAACCAUGUCCAACUAAAAUCUAUUUUUCCAGUCAUGUAGAAUUAAAUGAUUGUGUACUGUG